CGUCGCCAUUGUUUCGUUCCGCAGUAGCAAUUCGUAAAAGCUCGCGAAAUAAGAAUCUCGUGUUAGUGCACGGACGUGGGAUACGCCCGGGACGUGAUCAUCGUCGUCUAGGAUAUUCGGUGUUCUCGAGAACAGACCGCGACGGCGGUACAAAGUCAUCGUUCCGAAGAAAGCGCGCGCGAGAGAGAGCGGGUCGACAAAGCGGACGGGCGCGUGGGCGUGAGUGCGAAUCGCGAAGAAAUUUGUGAUUAACAAGGCUAAAUUAACUCGGAGAUCUUCGACGCGGACGAUCCGGACGAUCGGCACCUUCGUCGACGUCUCCUGCAUCUGGCGACCUAACCUGAAACUAUCACUGCCGAUAGAGAGAUCAUCGGCGACCUUCCGCACAAACGAGCGUGGUUCCGGAGAGAAUAUAAGGUCACCAUGGAUUUAGAAGAAGCCAGGGAACGAAACGAGCACCUCGAGCGACGACUCAUAGCGCUCGAAAGAGAAUUGGAGCUAGCAAAACAAGAAAGAAAACGUGAGGAGCUCAAACGGCUGAACGAAAGAACAAAAGAAUUAGAACAUCAAAUCGCACUCCGCGAAGCCGCAUUAGCCGAAUACCAAGCAAACAAACCAAUCAAAUUAACGGGGAGGAACAAAAAUCAGGAAGACUCGAGACAACCAAUAGAAGAACCGAAACCUAGUACGUCAAAAUACAAGGAAAGCUGGGAAACAACAGACGUCAAACACGAAGACAAACAAAUAAAUAUCGAAGACAAAGAAAAUCAAGCACCAAAGUGGCAAAGGACGAUCAACCCAGAAAGCCAACCAUGGGAGACACCACCACAAAUUAAAACCAGAAUAGUAUGGAAUGAAGUAUAUUCAUCCUCGUCAUCCAAGACACCAUCGUCAGAAAAGAAACACGAAUCUCAAACAAAUAACAAGCUAAAAGCAAAACCAGUUAUAAAGCUGAAUCGUCUUGAGGAAGUCGAUCCGACAUUAAUUCUGAAUUCCAGAACACGGACGAGAACCAGCAUAGACUUCCGAUCACAAUUCGAUAUCCGGAAAAAAGAAAAAAUACGCCACGAUGAACAAAUAACAAGAUGGAUCGGCAAAGAGACACGACUCGGCGGCCACCAUCACCGUAAGGCGCUGACGAAAGCCAAAGUACAAGAGACAUGGCGAUAUAAAGCACAGGGUGUCCCACCAGGCGAAGCAACACUGCUCCGUCUCGAAAAAGAACAUCGCCGCAAAGCAAUAACCACAGCAAAACAAAAAACUGGUUUUGGCCGCCUUUUCAAAAUCUUAUCGGACUCAGACAUCGAAGACGCAGGUGCUGACGAGCCCGCACCUGUUCUAGCCGCGAACCCGCCAGCAGGCGGGAGAGUGCGGCAGAAAGCAGCCACAAGCGCGGCGACCGCCACCACCAUCAAGGUCGCUGCAGUAGGGUCGAAGAUGCAAGAAAAUGGGAAGAGGACGGUACAUCGACAACGCAGUGACGACGAGCUGAAACAUCUGCCAAGAAUUGUCUCUGUUGGUACGAUGCGCGAGAGCACCUGGGCCGAGACCGGGGCGGAGGCCGGGGACGUGGAGGAUAAACUAACUCCACCUACCCUCAACCCGUCCGGACGAAGAAGGAAGACGACCAGGCCGUCCGAACCAGUGAUAGACCUGACGAGGCGGUUCAAGCUGGCGAGGAACCCGACCAGGCCAUCCGAAUCAGUGAUAGACCUGACGAGACAGUCCGAACCGGCUACGAGUGCGGAGGAGUGAUGCGAACCGGAGGAACCGGCGGGAACGACCGAUUCGGGGACGCCGGAAGGACUCGACAUCAAGGACAAGACCGACGACACCAAGGUAGACCGACGAGGCGCAAUCGUGCGCGAACCGAAACGCGUAUCAACGGCGCCGAUACGUGCAUAAAUCGGACGUGAAUCUAGGUUUAAGAUUAACAAGUAAGGUAGUGAUAAGUUAGUAUUGAGUUAGAUUAAGUGUAAUUAAGGGGUAGAUUGAGCUUGACGCUAGGAGACGUGAGUGAAUAAACAAGCACUAGUGACGAGCUAGGCGCGAUCUCGGACUAGUAAACGUGUGAAAGCAUGAGGGUCAGGUAUCGCGUGUGUAAGCAUGAAUAAAGGAAACUGGCACGGGCGCGUAUGCGUAUCGAAAGAGCGCGCUAACAAUACAGACCUCCACGAGCCGAAGGGCCGCGCUGGACGCGGAAACGUCGGGGGCGAGAUCGCGGAAACGCGAAAUAGUACGCGUCAGACAAAUACCUGUUAGAGCAUAACUUAGCACGUGCCAAAUGGAGCUUCCAUUAAAGAGAAACGCGAGUAGGAAAGGAGCCCGACGUACCGUAGGGGAAAUCAGGGAUAUGGUUCGGUAUGCAAUAGGAUAUCGAAAGGUAAAGCGGAAAUGUAGAGUCGCAAAGGUGGUUACGUAGUCCGGGGAAAGCGUCAAAAUAUUGGUAUUUUGAGUGUCCGUAAAAGUAAAUAUUAACGGCUGUGAUCAUACCAAAGGAUAUCGGUAGUUUACGUUAAGAGCUAGAACGAACGCGAAAGUUCGAAUUUGUGAUAAGCGCGUGGGAUCGUCGUGAAGGUGAAGGAUAUGUAGACUAUUAAGGAGCUAAACCUGAAAGAAAAGAAAAGGGUUAGUAUCGAUAUUAUCUACGGAUAUCCGUGAUCCAUGGGCUGAAGUCCAGGAUCCGGGAUCCGAACUCCAGGGUCCGUAUUCCGAAGUCCAGGGUCCAGGGUACGAGGGGGCAGCUCCUGAAACAGAAAGAGAAAAAAUGAGGUUUAAGUUUAUGUUAGAGGUUUAUUUUAAAUUUAUCCGAAGCCGGAGCGACGACCUAGGCAAGCUGGGUGCGUUAGCGUAUACGGGCAACGUUAUAUAACGGCGAAAAGAUUCGCGGGUGUUAUUUAGAUUUUUAUAAUCAUAUAUGCAUGCUUAACUUGAAUUUUAGAUUAAUUUAGAUAUUUAAUUAUUUAUUUUAUAAGUUAAAGACGGUCUGAGCGCAUUGGCAUGCAGCGAAGUGACACGCGUAUAUUUUUAAUAUUUAUAUUGACAUAUAUAUAUAUAUAUAUAUAUAUAUAUA